AUGUCUUCUAUCAAGAACGUUGUUCUCGCCGGAGCAUCUGGUAACCUUGGACCCGCCAUCCUCAAAGCACUCCUCGACUCCGGCAAGUUCAACGUCACAGUCCUCACCCGUAAAGAAUCAACAGCCACCUUCCCCUCCACCGCAAAAGUAAUUAAAGUCGACUACAAGUCCCUCGACUCCCUCACCUCCGCCUUCCAAGGCCAAGAUGCCGUCAUCUCCACCCUCGCCGCCGUCGCUCUCUCCGACCAGAAACUCCUGAUAGACGCCGCCAUCUCCGCCGGCGUGCAACGCUUCCUCCCCUCAGAAUUCGGUUCCGAUCUCGAUAAUCCCAAAGCCCGUACUCUCCCCGUCUACCAUGGCAAGGUCGAAAUCGAGGAGUAUCUCGUUGAGAAGGCGAAAUCGAACCCUGAUUUCUCAUACACGAUUGUUCGUAACGGCUUUUUCCUCGAUUGGGGUCUCCAAGUCGGUUUCAUUAUCAACCUGAAAGAUUCCAAGCCUACUAUUUUCGGAUCCGGAGACCAGGAAAUCUCGACUACGUCACUCCCUACUGUUGGCAAGGCCGUCGUGGGUGUCUUGACUCGUCCCGCUGAGACAGCGAAUAAAGUCGUGUAUGUUGAGGAGGCUGCGGUAUCGCAGAACCAGCUGUUGGCUAUGGCGAAGAAGUACACUCCUGGGAAGACUUGGGAGCCGGUUCGGGGAGAUUUGGAUGCUAUGGUGGCUAAUUCGAAUGAGAGAUUGAAGAAGGGGCUGUUUGAUACCGAGACCUUCUUUCCUUAUAUCUUCAUGGCUGGGUUUGGAGAAGGAUAUGGAGGCAAAUUGGAGAAGGUUGACAAUGAACUUUUGGGUGUGAAGAGAAUAAGCGAGGAGGAUGUAGAGGCACUAGUUAAGGGUGUUGUUCAAGGCUAG